AUGGCUCACUGUAUGAGAGUUUUGCAUGGCCAGGGUAGCAGGACAAGAUCUGUUCUCUUGGAGAUUCAGCAGAGAUGCUUCAGCGUAUCACCGCUCACCGCCGCUGCGGCUCAGGUCGCCAUGUCAAGGUUAGACAAGGCUCCAUUGCCCUACGAGAAGUUGUCGAAAAAUUUAGAAGUGGUUAAAAAGAGGUUAGGUCGAGACAUGACCUUGUCUGAAAAAGUAUUGUACUCGCAUCUUGACGAUCCUCAAGGACAAGUGAGUACAAAUAUUUUCUAA